AUGGAUACACCUGUCCUAUGGAAAGCGAACUUCCAGAUCUGCUUAGUGAAGUGGAGGAAGUUUUCCUUUUGGGUUAUAUGUACAUUGGCAACAGCCAGUGUUCAUAUUCCGUCUUUGGAUCACCAUGGAAAUGAGGUCACAGGUCAAAAUGAUUCUGGUUACCGUGACAACAGUAGUGACAUGACAGGAGAUCACCACAGUGAUGAACACUCUCAUGGUAUACACGUGGCUAGCAUACAUUUUGAAUAUGUAGAACAGCCACUUACCAUUGCAGUCUUCCUCCUGAUUGCGGGCAUUUCAAAACUGGGUUUCCAUCAUGCCGACAUCCUGUCCUCACAUGUGCCAGAAUCGUGUCUGCUCAUCAUUCUUGGUGUGGUUGUUGGAGCCAUCAUGAAUGCCACCAUGGAAUUUGAUGACAUGCCACGAAUGGGAGCCACACUUUUCUUCCUUUAUCUACUGCCACCGAUCAUCUUGGAGUCUGCAUACAGUCUCCAUGACAGGACAUUCUUUGAAAAUGUUGGCACUAUUAUAAUCUAUGCAGUCAUUGGAACAAUCUUGAACUGCUUCUUGAUAGGUCCAACUCUCUUUGCACUUGGCAAAAUCGGAGCCAUGGGUAGCGUGGAUAUGGAACUUAUCCCCUGUCUGGUGUUCAGUGCUAUAAUAGUAGCUGUUGAUCCUGUGGCUGUACUGGCAAUAUUUCAGGAGAUUGGAGUUAACAAUGUCCUGUAUUUCUUAGUGUUUGGUGAAUCCUUACUGAAUGAUGCUGUUACAGUUGUACUGUAUAACACAAUGAAAGAGUUCAACGAGAUGCCUUCAGUGACUUCAGAUCAGGUAUUUCUGGGGUUGGCAGCUUUCUUCGUGGUCAGUCUGGGAGGCCUCUGUAUAGGAAUCAUAUUUGGAGUUCUGACAGCAAUAAUUACCAAGUAUACUGUUCAUGUCCGAGUUGUGGAGCCGCUGGCUGUGUUCGUUCUGGCUUACAUCUCCUAUUUAAUAGCGGAGCUCUUCCAUUUCUCUGGGAUCAUCAGUAUUAUAGGAUGUGGCCUUGUUCAGGCACAGUAUGCCUUCCACAACAUCUCACAGAAGUCACAUACUACUAUAAAGUACUUCAGUAAGAUGCAGAGUUCGACCAGCGACUGCAUCAUCUUCCUGUUUCUGGGUAUUGCACUGUUUAAACCAAACCUGUUUGACAGUAAAAACUGGCAUCCAGGUUUUAUACUAUGGACACUUUUCCUGUGCCUUUUGUAUAGGUUUCUUGUUGUGUUUGUGCUGACUUACUUUGUAAACAAGACAAAUCGGAUGAGAAGAAUUGAUAGAGAAGAACAGUUCAUAAUGGCCUAUGGAGGAUUGCGCGGAGCUGUUGCCUUCUCCUUAGUGAACCUUUUAGAGAAUGGUGGACUUCCAAAAGACAUGUUUACCACAGCAACACUUUGUCUGAUCUUCUUUACUGUUUUCCUACAGGGAAUCACUAUCAAACCACUGGUGAAGAUUCUUAGAGUCAAGCUCCAGGAGAAUGAUAAACUUCUCAUCAUAAGUGAGGAGAUCAACAUGCAGGUCACAGAUCACAUCAUGGCAGGUAUAGAGGAGGUGAUUGGUGAAAGAGGAGAGCACUACUUCAGGGAAAUCCUUGAGCACUAUAACAGAAAGUACCUAAAUCUGUGGCUACAGAGAGACCCCGUCAGCAUGGAUGAACACAUCAUGUUCAUGUUUGAGCAAAUUGCCUUACAACAGCAUUUUGAAAAUUUAGCUGGGUCUAAAAUGAUACAAGAUAAAUAUGCAAGUUCUGAAGUUCUUCUGCCAUCGCAGUUGCUCCAAAAGACUGUUUACCAAGAGGAGUGGGACAGUGAUAGUUCUGAGGGCACAGUGCUGCCAUCUGUUACCGUACCAUCUCUACCACCAAAGUCAUUGACCUUUGACCUUGGGGAAGGAGAAGCAGACAUUGAAAUGAUACGCAAGGGAGCUGAAGCCCGAAGAGAUACAUUAGCAAAUAUUCGUAACAAGCCCAUAUUUGGCAAACGCCGAGAAUCAAAACACAUUGAAAACCCAACUGUGAAAGAUGUCCGAAAGAUGUUGACUCCUGUUCGCAGAGAGCUUCCUGCCAAACUAGACAAGAAUUUGAAGAAUGAGAGUAGUGCAGAUUUAUUGAAAUGUCUUCAAGAGAAACAGCUUAGAACAAGAAGGAUGUCUCGUGCGGUCAUGCCAGGUAAUCUGCCUGGAUUGGAACAGAUUCCAGGAAGUGUUGAAAAGAUUCCAGGCAGAAGUUUUAAUGCAGAUGCAGCAACAGCAAACUAUCGGCGUCGUCUCAGCCUUGCUGUUCCAGCUCAGAAAUCCAACUUCAUGCGUGAACGGUCCCCAUCAGAUAUAACAUCACUGCGUAUGAUGAAUCAAUUCAGGGAAGGAGAUGCAGGUAACAGAACUGAUUUUAUAUCUGAAACGCAGCCAAAACGGCCAAACUUGUUUAAAAAGUCACACACUUUGACUGGAACUGAGGGCAAGGAAGAUUUGUCUCCCUUGAUUCGAAGAGCAAGACUUGAUGUUCAGUCUGGCAGUCCGUUGAGAAACUCAACUGGACAAAAAUUUGAUGUCAUCUCAGAAAAUGAAGAGGAGGACUUCUCAUCUCCAGAAAAAUCUCCUAAUAAAAACAUUACCACAAAGCAAAUAACUGAAAUAUCAGGUGUGGGAGAUGAGGUCAGCCCACAUAACUUUGUUGUAGACACUCACCCUCAACCUAGAGUUAAAGAUUCAAUUGAUGAUGGACAAUUGGCUGAUGAUGAAGAUUCAAAAGUUAAACUUAGAUACUCUCCGAAAUCUAGACUUAAUAAGAAACGUAGUUUGUUGCAAAAAACAAAGUCUGUUGAUGGAAAUAACCUUGACAUUAAUGCAAAAAAUAAUGUAGCGUCACUUGGUGCGAAAUCAAAUAAUCCUCGUCCUGUCUCUGAUUGUUCUUCAUAUUUAAGUAAUUACAAAGAAUCUGAGCAGGAAGGAUCAUCCUUAAGGAAGCCUUCAUACACUUCUGCCAUUUCAAUGACCGAAGGUGAAAAAUCUGAGCAUUCCAUAAAGGUAGACAACUCUAUUGAGAUGGAAAACAUAUCAAAUGAAACACAACAGGAGGGAGAAGAUUAA